CUGAACUGUCCAUUUAUUUACCAAGUUUGUGCUCUACCUGGUUGCAGAGGUAAAACCAGGAAAAAGCUUAGAAAAUCACAGUUUGUAACUAAAUGCUUUUGUUCAUGGGCAUAUAUUCUCAUUCGGUGAUGAGGCUACAGUGAAGCUCUUCAGAUGCUGCUGUGAGGAAACUUGAAUACAAUAUCAAAGGGUGUUUUGGUGUGCAAUUGGAGAUUCCAUGGCCUUGAUAUCUAUUUGAUCCUCGAUUCUAUAAAGAUCUAUAUUCUGUGAAAAGCAAAGACACAAAUUUUGGUGGUUAACCAACUGAAGAUUGGACACGAAGUCUCGUGUGUUCUCUCUAUCCUUGUUUUCUUCAAUUUUUAUUGCAGAGUUUCUGGAUUUAAUUAUUUCAAACACUCCAUUUCGAUGCUUUCAAUGUGAAUCCUGAUGGAGGACAAAUAAUCAGACAGAUUUUUAGCAUAUUCUGUUACCGGUUCACAUGUUAGGAUUUUUAUAUUCAUAUAGCUCAAUUAAUUGAGUCUUUUCUUUUAUAUUUUACUUAACUGCAGUCUGCAAUGUCUUGAUUCUUUCGUACCAUAUAUUAAUUAUUAAAUUCAUGUGUCUUCAUCUGUUCAGCUGGUUUAGUUAUCCAAUCAUCUAGCUUCUGGCAAUUGUGCAUUUGACCAAAUAAGAAAGACCCCAGUUUGCAACCUCAAGGUGUAAAUUGUCUAAUACUUUUAUACAUGGGACAAUCUUUGGGGCCAGGAUUGUUUACUCGGUUGACUAUACUUUGAAUCUGAGUUUCAUGUGAGAUCUAUAGUGAGAAAGGAAGGAACUUAACAUUAUUUUCAUCUAAUGUCUUCAUUCUGGAACUGAGGAAAUGGGGUGUUGUGUCUCAACAAGUAGUAAGAGUACUUGUAGUAGCAAGAGCAAUGGAGACAUGGUCUCUCCAUCCUGUCUAGAAAUCGGAUUCUGUGGUCAAAAGCGUGCAAGGAGAACAUUCUCUGAUCAUGUUGUCUCUCUGCACCAGUUACCAUCCUUACCCAACAGAGUUUUCACCAAUGGGAAGAGCCGGUCUUCUUGUGUAUUUACACAGCAGGGUCGUAAGGGUAUUAAUCAGGAUGCUAUGAUUGUAUGGGAAGAUUUCAUGUCAGAAGAUGUGAUCUUUUGUGGUGUUUUUGAUGGCCAUGGUCCACACGGUCACCUUGUUGCACGCAAAGUCAGGGAUGUCUUGCCAAUAAAACUGCUUUCAUUUCUGCAUUCUUCCGAAUCGAAGCGAAAUGGGUCAGGUAAAGCUUGUUUCAAAGGGAACAUAAAGCCUGAAAGUGGAGAGUCUGAGAAGGAUUUCUCUACUGAGGAUGAACUGAAUCCUAUGUGGAGAGAAGCUUUCAUGAAGGCAUACAAGGCUAUGGACAAAGAGCUGAGGUCUCAUCCAAAUUUGGAUUGCUUUUGUAGUGGGAGCACAGCUGUUACUAUAGUAAAGCAGGGAUCAAAUUUGUUCAUGGGCAAUAUUGGAGAUUCCCGAGCAAUCAUGGGAUCCAAGGACAGCAAUGACUCCAUGGUGGCAAUUCAGUUGACUGUUGAUUUGAAGCCUGAUUUGCCAAGGGAAGAGGAAAGAAUUAAAAGCUGCAAGGGUAGGGUAUUUGCAUUGCAAGAUGAGCCAGAAGUUCCUAGGGUGUGGUUGCCUUUUGAUAAUGCACCUGGAUUAGCAAUGGCUAGAGCAUUUGGAGAUUUUUGCUUGAAGGAAUACGGUGUGAUUUCUAUUCCUGAAUUUUCUCACUGCCUGCUCACAGACAGAGAUCAGUUCAUUGUUCUUGCCUCAGACGGGGUCUGGGAUGUUUUGAGCAAUGAAGAGGUGGUGGAGAUAGUAUCUUCAGCACCAACUCGGUCAUCAGCAGCGAGAAAUGUGGUGGAUUCUGCUGCUCGAGAGUGGAAACUGAAAUAUCCCACUUCAAAAAUGGAUGACUGUGCUGUUGUGUGCCUUUUCUUGGAUGGGAAAAUGGACUCGGAAUCUGAUUGUGAUGAACAAUGCUUUUCUUCUGCAAACAUCCAGAGCAACCCAGUUGAGUCAGAUGAUGGUCAAAAGUCCGAGCCAUCUUUGCUAAGGAACUUUACUUUGAGAUCCUCAGAAGAAAAUGAGACCAUUGGAGGAGAAGUUUCUGUUGAUGUUGAAGAUCGAACAUCAUUAGCUGAAGAUCAAAACUGGUCAGGUCUAGAGGGUGUCACCCGAGUAAACUCACUGGUUCAACUUCCUAGAUUUUCUCAGGAAAAGCCAAACUCUUAAGCUUUAAUGUAAUAGCUGAUGCAACACACCACAGUGAAUUCAAGAGAGAAACAUCUUUCUGUGGUUUUUAUGCUCCUUGUUCGGUUAAUUACGUGUAGUAAAGUAAACAACUCUUAAUUUGG